AUGACGGCAGACUCGACCUGGCAGAAUUCAUCAUUCCCUGGGAAUUUCACGGUGCCACCAAACGGCACAUCGCUAUGGGGCCCCAUUCCCACGGAUGCCGGCAGGUCGCUGCAAGCCGACAUCGUGGCCUGCACCGUAAUAACUUUCGUGAUCGCCUUGAUCUUUGUCCUGCUCCGUUUCUACACCAGAGGCUGGCUCAACCGUGUCCUUGGGGCCUCUGACUGGUGUAUUAUCCCAGCUCUGCUUUGCGCAGCUGGCCUGACCGCGAGCUCCCUUGAGCAGAUGGCCCGUGGCGCUGGCAAACACGCGUGGGAGGUCGACAUAUGGCAAAUGUCAGCAUAUGAGCGGGCUGCGUGGUACGGGAUGCUGUUUUACAACCUCAGCCUCGUGUUCAGCAGAAUCUCGAUCCUUUUACUGUACAAACGCAUCUUUACCUUCGCCUGGAUCCGUAGGGCAAUCCAGGUCUCCCUGAUCCUCGUCAUUGCCACCGCGAUAUGGUUUGUUGUGUCGGUCUUCACGGCGUGCAUUCCACUGGAAGCGUUUUGGAACUGGGCGCUGUUCUGGACGACCAUGGUUUAUUGCCAGAACGGAAAUGUGUGGUGGGCAAACGCGGCGAUUCACAUAGCAAGCGACCUGGUCGUCAUGGCACUCCCGCUACCAGUCCUAUCCUCAUUAAAACUUCCCCCACGACAAAAGUACGCCCUUCUCGGCGUAUUCGUCCUAGGCUUCUUCGUGUGCCUAGUCUCCAUCAUCCGGCUGGUCACCCUCAUCGACGUAACCAGGAAGCCGGGUUUCGACACCACCUACACCGGCGCCAACACCCUCUUCUGGACCUCGAUCGAAGUCAACACAGCCAUUACAUGCGCAUGUAUCAUGACCCUCAAGCCGCUCAUCCAGCGCGCCUUUCCGCGCGUACUCUCCCCCGGCAGAGGCUCUGGCUCCGGCACCCAGAGCUCGCACUGGUUCACCCCACCCAUGGCCAGCAACCACAACAACACCCACCGCAGGGGCUCGCUUGGCCCACCACACUCCUUCCCGCCACUAUCGCCGACAACGAGCCCCGGCCGCCGCGGGUCAAACUGCUCCGCAUUUAAGGGUAACACCGGAACUUUUCCACUAGGAUAUGACUUUGAGAAGCGCCGGGGCAGUGGCGGCAGCGGUGGGAUAGGGAACCGGCACACGGCCGAGUACGGAAUCCUCAAGCCGGGGGAUCUGGACAUGGAUCUGGAUUUUGACGACGACCACCUCCACCAUGACCGCGACCAUGUUCGUGACCGCGACGUGGAAGCACAGAGACUGAGCACAAACGAGGGACUCGGGGACUCUGAAGAGAUGCCACUCGGCUCGCUGAGCCCGCCCCCCAGGGCCCAUCGCAAGCUGGCAAUACAAGUCACCCGCUCCGUGCGCAUCGAGGAAUACUACUGCUCGAGAAACCCGGGACUGGAGGCGCAGGGCUUGCAGCGGCAAUCACUUGACGUGGGGAAGGAGAAGGACGGUAUGGAGCUUGAUGGGGUGACGGUGACCGUGGGGACGAGUACUAGUAGUAGUAGUUGUGGGGGUCCCGGUAACGGUUCCCUGUGA